CAUUGAAUAUAAUCAUAUUAAUUAAAAGGAUAUUUAAGCCAGCACUAUUAUUUUUUUUAAAGCUAUGACAUUUACCAACACGGAAAAAACGUUUUGCUACACUUAAUUAAAUGUCAAUAAAAUAAAUUCUUCAGUUUUUUUAGUUCUAAACAGAAAUGAAACGAUUGCAGUUGACUCUUUUUCUGUGUGAAAUUCUGUUUCUCAGAUCUAUUUUGGCAAUAGACUUUUGUGAUAUUAAAUCGUGUCAUGGCAAGCGGCACAUUGGCUGUGACAACAACAUGAUGUUCGAAGAGAGCUGCCUGCGUUUUCAUGGCCUGGUGAACAUGGCCUAUUUCCGUGAGUAUUUGCUAGGCCUUCACAACGGAUAUCGCCAGGAGGUGGCCAGCAACUUGUUUGUCGACUUGCCACCUGCGCAGAAAAUGCCCGAAUUGAUGUGGGACAAUUACCUGUCGGUGGUGGCCGAAUAUCACCUGAAACGCUGUCAAAUGGAUCUGCCCGAUGACUCCUGCGUGGCCACCGAUGAUUUCCCAGAACCGCAUUUCAACUACGCCGAGGAUUUCUAUCCAAGACCAGUGAUUCGACAAUCGAAUGUUCGGGAAAUGACCAUCCUGGCGGAACAAUGGCUGGACGAGCUCUACGAUCUGGAUGAUAUAGCCACAUAUAGUGCGGAAGGUGAAAUCAGGAAUAUCAUCAACGAUCGCAGCUCCUAUAUGGGCUGUGCUGCUGGCCAGGAUUACGAUCUGUGGAACAUACACUUUGUGCUCGUUUGCUACUAUAGCUCUGGACCACCUGUCAAGGGAAACCUAUACGAAGAAGGCAUUUUCAAUGCCAGCCUGUGUCCCAAUGGACAAAGUGAUGAAUACCCCAACCUUUGCAAAACACUGACCCUGAAUGACUAAGACCCUGAAUCUCCGGCAAAAUAAAUAUUGCAAAGGCUUUGGGUAUAAUUAAAUGUGCGAACGACUUGGCCAUAAAUGGAGUAAAGGCAGUGCUGAACCUUUGGCUUUCUUUAUAGGAAGAGAUGAACAGCUAGC